AUGAUCCUUUGGGUUUUAAUUUUGGGUAUUCUACUGUUUGCGCUAACGUAUGAUUUCUAUUUAAAGUGGAGCUUUACAGCCCAGGCCAAGCGGGCAGGAUUGGAGCCCGUGCCGGUAGUCUUGGACUAUCCAUUGGGAAUUCGCACUCUAUUCAGAUCAUUGUCUGCGGUUAGAAGAAAAGAAAGCCUGGAGAAAAUGAUAGAAAAUUUCCGUGCAAAGGAAAAGCUGACGUUCACUGAGGAAAUCCUCGGUAUGUUCAUUGUAGUGACUCUUGAUCCCGAAAAUGUGAAAAGCAUGCUGGCUACCAAUUUCAAAUCGUACAGUCUAGGCAUCCGAGCCGACCAGCUAAAUUGCUUCUUGGGUGAUGGAAUAUUCACACUGUCUGGUGCUGGCUGGAAACACUCGCGCAAUUUGCUGCGUCCGCAGUUUUCCCGAGAACAAGUGGCCCAGAUCGAUUCGAUCAGAGAACAUUUCAGCCAUGUGGAGGCCGUUUUAGAUCGUGAGGAGUUUGUCGACAUUCAAACACUCUUUCACCACCUCACAAUGGACACUGCAACCGAGUUUUUACUUGGAGAGAGCGUGGAUUCGCUGCUUGAUUCACAACGGGAGGUUUACGGCAUGUCUUGUGCCCAGUUCGUAAAGGACUACACCGAGUGCGUGGAAUGGUGCUUGACAAGGAUUCAAUUCGGUCCCUUGUUCCGAUUUGUUUAUCCCAAGUCGUUCCGCGAGGCAAUUGCAAGAAGCCGGAAGUUUGUUGAAUAUUUCGUGGACAAAGCGUUGGCUAAGCCGAUUGAGACAGAAAGCGAGUCGUACACUUUCAUUUAUGAACUCGCCAAGGUCACGAGAGACCGUGUUACUAUUCGAGACCAAGCUCUCAACAUUCUUAUCGCUGGUCGUGAUACUACUGCAUCCUUACUGUCGUACUCUAUUUGGCAUUUAGCCCACCAUCCCGAGGUGUAUCGCAAGCUACGCAAGGAAUUGAUCGAGGCUUUUGGACCAGUUAGUACAAAGAGUGUUACUUUUGAAAAGCUCAAGAGCUGCACGUAUUUGAAGCACGUCAUUAACGAGGUCUUGAGACUAAACCCUGCUGUGCCUCGAAACAUUCGCACCGCAGAAGUCGAUACUCAGCUACCAAGAGGAGGAGGUCCAGAUGGCCAGGAUCCUGUUUUUAUUGCCAAAGGAACAAAUGUCAUGUAUGCUGUUCAUGAAAUGCAUCGGCAGCCCGCGAUUUGGGGAGAGGACGCGGAGGUUUUCCGGCCCGAACGCUGGGAGACGUUUCACCCCAAAGGCUGGGAGUACUUGCCGUUCAACGGCGGACCUCGUAUCUGCUUGGGCCAGCAGUUUGCACUCACAGAAGCGUCAUUUGUUCUUACCCGGAUAGCCCAAAAGUACGAUAGCAUCGAGCUGCAGGACCCCGCUGCCCCAUUGGUGAACGACGUCAACCUCACUGCAAGGGUCUAUGGCGGUGUUUGGGUUAAAAUGCAUCAAGCUGACAUCUAG